GUGAAACAAAUCAUGGAGGAGGCAGUGACGAGGAAAUUUGUGCAUGCAGACAGCAGCCACAUCAUAUCCUUCUGUGCUGUAGUGGAAGCCUGUUUGCUUCAUGGACUGAAGCGUCGUAUUGCCGGCCUGCUGUGCAGUAACAAGGUUGCAGCACUCUUCAUGAAGGUGGCGAAAUCCUUUUCACCCGCCGAAGAACUCUGCCACAAGGUCCAGGAGUUGGAACAGCUCAUCGAAAACAGCAAGCAGAACAAUUCUUCACUGGUUAACGAUCGCAGUCGGCAAUCCAAGUUGGCCAACCUCCCUCCUCAGGCGCUGAAACACCUGUGGAUCCGAACUGCACUAAUGGAGAAGCUCUUGGACAAGAUUGUUCUGUAUUUGGUGGAGAAUUGCAGCACAUUCUAUGAGAAAGAAGCCAUGCUGCUGGAUCCUGUGGAUGGACCAAUCCUUGCAUCUCUAUUGGUUGGCCCUUGUGCUUUGGAGUACACCAAAGUUAAGACUGCAGACCAUUUCUGGACAGACCCAUCUGCUGAUGAGCUCGUACAGCGGCAUCGCAUCCACAGUGGCCACUGUCGGCAGGAUUCUCCCUCUAGACGACCCGCCCUGAUCCAGAAGAGACAGUCCAGCGGUAGCAUGGAUGAUCGCCCUCUCAUGUGGGUGAGGGACUAUGUUGAAUCACUCCAUCAAAACUCCAGAGCGACACUUCUGUUUGGAAAAAACAAUGUUCUAGUACAGCCGAGAGAUGACAUGGAGGCCAUCCCAGGCUACCUCUCUCUACAUCAAACUGCAGAUCUCAUGACACUGAAAUGGACGCCUAAUCAGCUGAUGAAUGGCAAUGUGGGGGAGCUCGAUUCUGAGAAAAGUGUUUAUUGGGAUUAUGCUAUGACAAUUCGUUUGGACGAGAUUGUGUAUCUCCACUGUCAUCAGCAAGUGAACAGUGGUGGGACAGUAGUUUUGGUGAGCCAGGACGGGAUCCAGAGACCUCCUUUACAUUUCCCCAAAGGAGGCCACCUGCUGCAGUUUCUCACCUGCCUGGAGACUGGUCUGCUACCUCAUGGACAGCUGGACCCACCACUCUGGAAUCAGAGGGGAAAGGGAAAGGUUUUCCCCAAAUUGCGAAAGAGGAGUCCACACAGCUCAUGUGAUUCUGUAUCAGAUAAAGAAGAUGAUGAAGCAACCGAUUAUGUGUUUCGGAUCCUCUUUCCAGGCAAUCAGAUGGAGCUCAUGGCUCUAGAGCUGAUGGACCAGGGCAUGACCAUGUGGCAACCGACCCCCAGAAAGUCCUCAUGCUCUUCCUGCUCACAGAAUGGCUCAUCUGAUGGCUCCCUUCCUAAUGGCUGCAAUCAAGAAAGGGCUCCAUUAAAGCUCCUUUGUGACACCAUGAAGUACCAGAUAAUCUCCCGUGCAUUCUACGGAUGGCUUGCAUACUGCCGUCAUCUGUCCACAGUCCGUAUCCACCUUUCUGCUCUGGUCAACACCACUAUUGUUGACCCUGAUGUGCCCUGUGAUUCUCGCGGGGGCCUCUCUGUGGAGGUCUGGGGCAAGUUCCUCAAGGACAGCUCUGCCUAUGAGGAACGUGAGAUACACAGGCUUGUGUAUUUUGGUGGUGUGGCUCCUUCACUACGCAAAGAGGUCUGGCCUUUCCUGUUGGGACACUACCAGUUCAACAUGACUGAGAAAUCCAGGCUGGAGAUCGAUGAACAGAUGCGCACCAUGUAUGAGCAGACUAUGAAGGAGUGGCGGGGUUGUGAGGCCAUUGUCCGUCAGAGGGAGAGAGAGAAACAUGCUGAGGCCAUCGCCAGAUGUUCAUCCGGAGCCAGUGUGGAAAGAGGACCAGUGCAGCGGGACUCCACCAUCAGUACAGAUUCGUCUAUAAGUAGCAGUUCAGAUCAUCACAAUACCAACUCUCAAAGUGAUUCCAGCAGUAGCACUCAGGUGUUUGCAUCGGUUGAGGCGAUGGAUCAGACUGAGGCUGAGCCCAGGACUGAGGAAGAGGAAAUACAGCACAGUAGUCCAGUGAAGGAAAUCCAAAAAGGCACCACAGACUCUCCACAACUUCCCCCCUCCAACCCCUCCUCCCCGGAUCUGUCAAAUCUACCUACAGGUUCAGACAGCAGCCCUCUUCCAGGGGAGGAGGAAGCACUUGACUCAGUAGCAGAGGACAAAGCUUCAGAGACAGAGAGGAUGGAGACAAUCUCAGAAAGUGAUGCGGUUGAGGACUCUGGAAUCAGUAAGUCACAAGAGGUAUCUAAGGCAGAGGAAAGACCUGAAGUAGUACAAAAGAAUACAACAACAAAUGAGCAAUCUGAAGUUUCAAAAGCAGUAGACGCAAAUAUGAAUUUGAGAUCCGCUCCAGGGAACACUAAUGUUCUUAAGCUAGAAACAGAGAUUCAUAAUGAGUAUUUCCAAGCACCUCCACUCGGGCAGACCUUGACUUUUCAAGCACAAAAGAGCAAAGAUCAGCAAAUGGACUCAUUCUGUCUGCUCACAGAAGAAAAAUACACUAUUCCACCCAUUGAGAAAAAGCCAGAGACUUCUGAGAAAACAGAAACAACAUCUGUAAGAAUCCUGUCAGAAAUAGUCAAGGUCUGUACCACAGGGUCAGAAAGAAAGGAUGCUGAAGUAACAGUUUCUGAUUUGGCUGGAACCAAAAAAGACAAAGCUGCAGAAAUUCCAUUUGAGAAACCUGGUUCAAAUUCACCCGUCAGACAAGUACUGAAUGCUCUUCAGUCAGCGUCGAGAGGGAGCCUUUCAUUAUCGACCCACUCUAGGCAGUCUCCAGACACAGCAGACUCCGAUGACUCUCCUUCUGCCUUAGAAAUGGAGGACAUUCCUGCAGGGAUAACAUGUUUGGCCGGUCUUGCCGCUCCCCCUGUCUUGCUGGCUCAGAGAGAGAAAAGGGGAUCUGAAGACCUUGUCCUAGAUCACCAUCUGGACACAGCUUGUAACACCAGUCCUGAGGGCACAGACCUGGGCCUUUCUGAAGAGGAGCCAGAGAUGGAGAAUGUGCUCACUGCACCAGAAUCUGCAGAGGAUGGAGGAGACUCCAAACAUGAAGAAUCCUCAGAUGAACAAACUUAUUCUCAAGAAACAUUGGACAUGUACUUGAUCAACUUACAUCGUAUUGACAAAGACGUCCGGCGUUGUGACAGAACAUAUUGGUACUUCACUUCUGAGAACCUGGAGAAGCUACGUAACAUCAUGUGCAGUUAUGUGUGGCAACAUCUGGAUACGGGUUACGUCCAGGGUAUGUGUGAUCUGCUCGCUCCCCUUCUGGUUAUCCUAGAUGAUGAGGUCAUGGCAUUUAGCUGCUUCACUGAACUGAUGAAGAGAAUGAACCAGAAUUUUCCUCACGGACGUGCCAUGGACUCUCACUUUGCCAAUAUGCGCUCUCUUAUCCAGAUCCUGGACUCUGAGCUAUUUGAACUAAUGCAGCAGAAUGGAGACUAUACCCACUUCUACUUCUGCUAUCGUUGGUUCCUACUGGACUUCAAAAGAGAAAUGGUGUAUGAUGAUGUGUUCUCCGUUUGGGAAACUAUCUGGGCGGCCAUGUAUACAUCCUCUGAGCAUUUUGUGCUCUUCAUCGCGCUGGCACUUGUGGAGAUGUACAGGGACAUCAUCCUAGAAAAUAACAUGGACUUCACAGACAUCAUCAAGUUCUUCAAUGAAAUGGCAGAGCGGCACAACGUCCCGCAGGUCCUGAUGAUGGCUCGAGACUUGGUCCAGAAAGUUCAGACACUCAUAGAAAACAAGUGA